AUGGAUAUCUCGUGCUCAAUGUGUUUCUAUCAAUGUAAUUCACCAAACGUUUUGAUGCAACACAUUAUACGUCACCAUCAGCAUGAUCCAAAGUUUAAAGUUCAAUGUAAACAAACGGGAUGUGGACGAAGUUUUACAAAAUGGAAAUCUUUUCGCCAACAUCUAUUUAGGAAACACCCAACAGUGCAAACUCCUUGCAAUAACGAAGUUGAAGUACAUGAAAAUAUUAAUUUAUUUAAUGGACAAGAUAUACUCUUGAAUAAUAUCAUCCAUGCUCCUAUAGAUAAUCAGACCCAAUUCGCUGUUAACAUACGAAAAAACUGUAAAGUUUCUCAGAAAGCUAUGGAAACCAUGAUGGAAGGUGUAACAAAUUUAGUGGAUGAUUAUUUAUCAAUUUUAAUGGGAGAAAUAAACAAGAGUGUUAAUGGUGAAGAUGAAACCGUAAAGUUGACGGACAUAAGGAAUAUAUGUACUGAAACUUAUCCCCCAUCAACAAUAUUUUCUUCAAUACAAUCUAAAAAUAAUUUCGAUAAUGUUUAUCGUACAGUACUGGAUGGAUGUUCCUAUAAAAACCAUGAAUUUUUUAAAAACCAUGAAGAUGCUUUAGCCAUUAUAUUUUACUAUGAUGACCUUGUUGUUGGUAAUCUGUUAGGUGUUGCAGCAAAGAAACAUAAACUAUCGAUGUUUUAUUGGACUUUGGCAAAUAUAAAACCAGAAGUUCGAUCAUCGUUAAAUAUCAUUCAACUUUAUGCUAUUGUACGAACGGAACACUUGAAGCAACCAAAUGGAAUAACUUAUCGACCAUGCCGAACUUGUAUGACAACUAAGGAUGAAUGGCGCCAAAAUUUUUCAACUAAAAAUUUCAUUUUACGAAAUAAAACUGAUCACCAAGAGCAUGUUGACGUAGUGUCAGAUGCAUCUAUAACUAAUGCAGCACAGGAAUUUUGGAAAACACAAUAUGGUAUAAAUAAACAAAGUCCUCUAGCGGGUAUCCUUUUUUUUGAUGCAACGAAGUGUUUUCCCUAA